CGAGUUGCGCUUGCGAAGAGCGACGGGUGGACACAGUGUCUUCUGAACCAGAGAGGGAGACGGAGUUCCCUGGGUGUGAGCUGCGAGGGCGGUUUGGAUUGAGCAGGGCAGGGCAGGGCGGUUACAGAGGGACCAGGGUGUGGAGCAGUGUGGAGAUCAACAGGGUUACGCAGCUGUCGGUGUGUGAGGGGUGCCUGGGGGGAAGGUGGUGCGUGUCUGUAGCAAAGGCUUCCAGGACCGCACUUGUUGAGCGCGUUCAGCGUUGUAUGCCUGAAGGGGUUCGUCCUGCACGCCCUAAGGAGUGCAGGUGGGCAGGGCAGGGUGUCAGCAGCUGGUGAGCAGCAGAGAGUCGGGAGGAGCUCUAGCUGCAGCGACUGCCAGAAAGGGGCUACUCCGGCGCACGGGGGCAGGACGGAGGGACGUGGUCUGGGGUCAGGACAGUGAACUGAGCGGUAGAAGGGAGAGGGGGAGGCCAGGGUGGCUUUGUGGGUACUAAUUGUGAGAACAGGUGGCCGGCGAUGCAGAGGGGGCGCUAGAGAGCGAGCAGGAGAAUCGCCGCCCAGGGAGUUUUGAAGUCCUCGCUGGGCGAUCUGCAGGUUGGCUGAUCGGGAGAUCUGUUUGGCGAGUGGUGGGUGAAGCGCUGAGACUGGCCCGGGAGGAUGGGGCCCCUGCUCUCUCUCGCGGUUGGGCUCCUGCUCCUCUUGCUGUGGGCCCGUUAUAAGGGCAUUGCAUACGUGCUGGUCCAUCACCGCUGGGUCUUCGUGUGCCUCUUCUUGCUGCCCCUCUCUGUCCUCUUCGACAUCUACUACCAGCUCCGCGCCUGGGUCGUGCAGAAGCUCCACAGUGCUCCUCUGCAGCACAUCCAGCGUGUUCGCAACAUCCAAGCCCAGGUUCGAGAAUGGAAAAAAGAAGGCCAAAAGAGGUAUAUGUGCACAGGCCGUCCUGGUUGGCUUACAGUAUCUCUCCGUGUUGGAAAGUACAAAAAGACUCUUAAAAAUAUAGCAAUCAACUUGAUGGAUGUUCUGGAAGUAGACAUUACAAAACAGGUUGUCCGUGUAGAGCCCUUGGUCACAAUGGGUCAGUUAACUGCACAUCUCAACCCCAUGGGCUGGACUAUUCCAGUGGUACCGGAACUUGAUGAUCUUACAGUAGGUGGCUUGAUCAUGGGAACUGGCAUUGAAUCUUCUUCCCAUCUCUAUGGUCUGUUUCAGCAUACCUGCAUGGCCUAUGAACUCAUUCUUGCUGACGGAAGCCAUGUGAAGUGUUCACCAGAGGAGAACCCAGACCUUUUUUAUGCAGUGCCUUGGUCUUGUGGUACAUUGGGUUUCCUGGUUGCAGCAGAAAUAAAAAUGAUCCCAGCUAAGAAAUAUGUGAAGCUGCAUUAUGAACCUGUGAGAGGAUUGAAAGCAAUCUGCAAAAGAUUUGCUGAGGAGUCUCAAAAGAAAGAGAAUCAUUUUGUGGAAGGCUUAGUGUACUCUUUGGAAGAAGCUGUCAUAAUGACAGGAGUUUUGACCAAUGAAGCUGUUCAGGGCAAGAUUAAUAGAAUUGGGAACUACUACAAGCCAUGGUUUUUUAAGCAUGUGGAAAACUAUUUGAAGACUAACAAGCAAGGAACAGAAUAUAUUCCAGCAAGGCAUUACUAUCACAGGCAUACACGGAGCAUCUUCUGGGAACUUCAGGAUAUUAUUCCUUUUGGCAAUAACCCAAUUUUUCGCUACCUGUUUGGCUGGAUGGUUCCUCCUAAAAUCUCACUUUUAAAACUUACCCAAGGAGAAGCAAUUCGAAAGCUCUAUGAACAGCAUCACGUGGUACAAGACAUGAUGAUCCCCAUGAAAAGCCUUGACAAGUGCAUUGAAACCUUCCACAGCGACAUUAAAGUUUAUCCACUGUGGCUGUGCCCCUUCAUAUUGCCUAAUAACCCUGGCAUGAUUCACCCAAAAGGGAAUGAAGCAGAACUCUAUGUGGAUGUAGGAGCCUAUGGAGAGCCCAAAACAAAACACUUUGAAGCCAUGGCUUCCACCAGACAAGUAGAAAAGUUUGUGCGGAGUGUACAUGGUUUUCAGAUGUUGUAUGCAGAUUGCUAUAUGACCCGUGAGGAAUUCUGGGAAAUGUUUGAUGGCUCACUAUAUCACAAGCUGAGGAAGCAACUUCAGUGCACUGAUGCUUUUCCAGAGGUGUAUGAUAAAAUCUGCAAAGCUGCAAGACAUUGAGCAUGACUUAUCCAAACAAGCAAUCAAAGGAAGUUGGAUUUAAUAAUAACUAAUUGGUCUACUCUUAAUAAAACAUUUUGUUGAUGUCCUAAAGAUUUCAAAUAUAUUUGUGAUAUGAAGGUACAUACUCCUGCUGUCUUAUAUGAAAAUACAACUAAUGAGUUCUUUUUAAAGAACGCAGUUCACAGUUCUUAAUAAAAUUAUUAAGGAAUAAGCAGUCUUUAACCUGUAAGGCUUAGUGAUAGCUUAGCCACAGAUUUGUAUAUUUAUUUAGUGGUAUCUUGCAGAAGGGAAAUGGAAAAAUCAAAAUCCUUAAGUACAGCAGUGACUUGUUAGAGAACUACAGUCCUGACUAGGGAUUGCCUAUGUGAGCUGUGCUACUGCAGGUGUAUUUAGAUGGCAUCCUGUAACUAAAAUAUAGCCUCUACCUGCCAAUGAGUGCCAAACGAGACUGCCUUUUUGAAUGAUGUCACAGUUGCCUCUUCUAAAUCUCUGACCUUGUCCAGGAAUUCAGUUUGAAUUGUCAAAGCCAAGUGUGCAACAGGUUCACAACUUUAAAUCAUCUGUCUGGAUGCCUUGGAAGUUAUGAUUUAGGGGGAGUUUCAGUCAAUAUACAUUGUUUCUACUCUCACUCUUGUUUCUUAUUUUUAUGAUAACUUUGUUUUGUUACUAUCAAGAUGUAUUUACUUUAGGUAAAGAUUAUGGCUGGCAUGCAUUGAAUGGUGGUAGAGGAUUAAUAUGUAUGUUUUUCCUCUUUAUAAAUGCUGCUUUUAUGUCUCUUUCCCUGGUUCCGUGAAGGAUCUCUGCAGCCUCUCCUGGCACAGAUUGCUGCUUUAAAAAAACAAAACAAAAAACUGUGCUACUUGUUGGGUGCCUCUGUUACAAGACAUGAAGCAUGCUAGGGUGAGCUGUAUCUUGGGUUACAGAGGCAGGAUUAACGGGUUUCUAAUGUGUUUGUUAGAAAUGUAAUAGUAGUCUCAUUUUUAAUAGUACACCAAGAGGAUUGCCACUAAGCUGAAAUUGAAUAGUAAAAUGUGUUGAGUGUUGUGCCUACUUAUUUUAUGCUUAUUCUGUUUAUGAAACAUGUAGUAAACAUAAUGGUGGAGUUCUGUGUGGUAGAUUAUAAUAGGGCAACCAUUACUUGAAAAGUGGUAUCCUUUUCCCUGCCUUUACCACUGGCAGAUUUUGCCGAAUAUCUUGGGAGAAAAGUAUUUGACGUGUCUCUCCCUGUUCUUAGUAAGGUUUUUUAGUGCCUUAAAUCAGCUGGAGGAAACUUAGAUCAUCAUACACCAUUCUGUUUUCAAGUCUUUGAAAAUGCUUUGGGGGGGGGGUUGUGAAGGGUGGUGUAUCUCCAGAAUAUUUACCUGUCAUCAGAAAAGCAUCUAUCUUGAGUUCUAGCUGAAAAGAAUUUGAGGCUCUUGUAUUUUGAAGAUCCAAGUAUCUUCAGAAGCCAAGCUCUCAGGCAGGCAGUAUAGGAGGGGAAUUAAUUGCAUUCUCACACACACACACACACACACACACACACACACACACACCCCGCCACCUCCCCCAUCAGCUCCUGCCUACUACGUAGAAUGUUAGGGAACUUAGCUGUUUUCUUUCUCAGGUUAAUUCAAGCUAUUGGUAUGUAAAACUUUCUCAUUAUUUUGAGUAAGUCUGCUUCUUCCCUCAAGUGAUGAAGGAACAUAACCCCUAAUCAAUUCUUUCAGAUCAUUUUAAUAUUGUGACUGGGGUCAUGAAUCUUCCCAUAAUGAAAAGUGAUUGGGAAGUAAUCGGCUUCACAGAGUUGUGUUUUGAAGAUAUUUUUGGUCUGGGUUUUUCUGAUUAGACAAGUUUAACCAAAAUUCGAUCCAAAGACUAGUUAAGAUGUAAUCAAAUUCUAAAAUUGAAUAUUUAUUUGACCUUAGGGAGAAAUGUCUGGUUUGGUGUGAGACAUGCAAUAUGCCUGUAAGGUUUUAUUUAUGAUGUUCAUCUAAUGAUUGUAUUCAGUAAAAGGAAAGGCUGAGAAGGGACUAGUAAGAAUACGGUUUAGCAUUCAGUCGUGUGCAGACAUCCAAGCUGUGAGCCACCUGACAACUCUUCCAUGAGAGUUAAGGGCACUGCUCAUACUUCUAUAAUAAUGGUUACCAAGAUGUCCGAGACUCACUUUCAUAAUGCUUAUGAGGGAUGGGAAAAGGCUGAAGCAGCCGAAAGCCAGCAUAGCAGUCCAGUGCCUUGGGCAUGUGCUGAACCCAGAAAAAGACUUUGUGCAUACUCCAUAUUUGCCACUCAUCUGUGUGCAGGGAUUGGUUCACUUAGUUCUAAAGCGGGUGGUGGGAAGUGCAAGAGUUUAUAAUUUCUAGAAUAUUUCUUUACUCUCGGUUAUACACUGUGUUGUUUUUCAUCACAGGUUGCAUGUGUAAGUGUUGUUGUGCUCUGUUGUUCUAAUCCAAUACCAGCAGCAACAAUGUACUUGUGCUGAAAUUAUCAACUGUUUGUAAUGCUACACUUGGGCAGAAUUUGUACUAGUCACAUAAAAAUGCUAUUUAGAUGUGACUGAAUAAAGUGGUGUUGAGAGUUUUUUGCUGUA